AUGGCCUGUUCGUUCCUCAUCGUCAGCACUGUUGGAGAAUUUAUUGCCACCUGUAUUACAGUCUCCAUCAAAUACCCUUACGACGUGGGAGCUUGGAUCAAAGUCAACGAUAGCGAAACGGACGUGGCCAAGAUAUAUCUCUUGCAUUCAAUCUUUUGGGAAAGUCCAAACACGGCGCGUUCGAAGGAACUCAAGGAACAACUCACUGUCAAUGUAUCUGUGGAUACUUCGUUAACUGAUCUCGAGACCCUUCGCGCCCUACUCGCGGCUUUCGUAGCUGAAAAUCAACGCGACUGCUCCAGGAGAUUGAUCUGCGACUCAUCUCAGUCUAUGGGCCGAGUUCCAGCACAAAAGCAAUUCAGCAUCCGAACACGUCCCGAUCCCAACACCACAGCAAAUUCGUCUGCGCCUUAUUGUCUGCAAUCCGGAAAGUUCCUCCUGGUGGCGCUGGUCUCUAGUGGAUUAAUGGGAGCCCUUAACUACACAGUCCCUGUUAUAGACGAGGCGGCAGAGGCGGCUAAAGCGAAAUUCGACGAAGAUCAAGAUGCGAAGAGGAUGGUUCUAAGCACGAGCAUCCCGGAAUGA